AUGUCGGCGAUUGCGCCUGUCUUCGGAGUGCUCGGCAGUUGUAUGGGAUGCAUGAUAUUCGUUGAAAAUAUCGCCAAACAGGAGCCGUCAGCGAUGAAUCUGAUGACAUUCUCGACGUUCUUGUUCAUCGCUGCUCAAGGCCUCGUGAUGACAUCGAGAUUUUUUACAGUUCCCAACAAAAUUCCGCUUCGAGGAUAUUUCAAAACCGUUGUGACAUUCUUCAUUGUGAACGUUGUCAAUAAUCAAGCAUUGAAUUAUCAUGUUCCAGUUCCAUUGCACAUCAUUUUUCGAUCGGGCUCGCUUCUCGCUACACUUGUGUUGUCGGUGAUAUGGGUCGGCAAAAAAUACACGGCUAGAAAAUACAUUUCCGUUCUUGCCAUCACUAUUGGUAUCAUUAUUUGUACAUUGGCGACGAGCGGACAGGAAAAGGAAUCUGGCCUUAGCUAUGAAGAAGCUUCGAAGCAUUACAAGGAAUGGUCGAUUGGAAUCGGCAUGCUUACGUUCGCGCUUCUCGCCUCUGCGUUUUUGGCGAUUUGCCAAGAAGAGCUCUACAAGGUUUACGGAAAACAUCCUGACGAGGCAAUGUUUGUGACUCACUUUGUCUCUCUCCCGUUCUUCCUGUUUAUGAUGUCUGACAUUAAAUCGGCGGCCGAGAAAUUGUCGGCGAGUGCGCCAUACGCGGUUCUUCCGGGAAUUCCGUCUUUGUGGAUUGACUUGUUCGGAAGCUGCUUGUUACAAUUCCUGUGCAUCAAAUUCGUCUACCAGCUGAACUCCAGAGUCGAUUCGUUGACUGUCACGUUGGUGGUGACUCUUCGCAAGUUCUUAUCACUGAUUGUCUCGAUUGUCUACUUCAAGAAUCCAUUCACCCUUCAACACUGGACGGGAGCGAUUUUCGUGUUUGCCGGAACUCUCGCAUUCGCCGACAUUUGGGGAAAUAAUAACAAUAAAAAAGAGGUGAAAAAAGGCGAGAAGAAAACCCAAUAG